UUUUCCAGUACUCCUGCUGCUCUUUGACGAUAUCAAAUACUUGAGAAGGAUUUCUCACUGCUUAAAGUCUCCAUUUGCUAGCUAUCAAUCACCUCCCAAUAGCUGCGACGCACUCCUUAGCCUCGCUCACCCUUCGCGUGCCAAACAUGGCAGCAGCCUCAGGUUCAGAUACCGCCCUCAAGUCAUUCUCUCUCGUGAACGACAUAAAGGAGAUCUCACCGCAGGAUGAGAUCUACGCAUAUGAUGUCCAGGCAAACAAGGAUAUCAAUCGACUACAACCCUGGAGCACCGAUCCACACUACUUCAAAUCAUGUAAGAUCUCUGCUGUUGCUUUGAUCAAGAUGGUCAUUCACGCACGGUCGGGUGUUCCCCAUGAGAUUAUGGGUCUCAUGCAAGGGAAAGUCAUGGGCGACUCCCUUGUAAUCAUCGACUCUUUCGCUUUGCCCGUCCAAGGAACGGAAACUCGAGUAAACGCGCAGAAUGAGGCGAACGAGUACAUGGUGCAGUACAUCUCCGAGAGUGAGAAGGUGCAACGACUAGAGAACGCGAUUGGGUGGUACCAUUCACAUCCGGGAUAUGGAUGUUGGCUUUCCGGAAUUGAUGUGGACACACAGAUGAACAACCAAAAGUUCACAGACCCUUUCGUCGCUGUCGUCAUCGACCCAAACCGCACCGUUUCUGCCGGUCGUGUCGAUAUCGGUGCCUUCCGCACAUAUCCUGAAGGCUACACCCCUCCAUCAUCCUCUGGGGGAGGUGGCGACGAAUAUCAAUCCAUUCCUCUUUCAAAAAUCGAAGACUUCGGUGUACACGCGAACCAAUACUACCCAUUGGACGUGCAGAUCUUCAAGAGCAGUCUAGACGAGGAACUUCUAGGCCUGUUGUGGAACAAAUACUGGGUGAACACGUUGAGCCAGAGCCCAUUGAUCUCGAACCGAGCAUACGCCGCUAGUCAACUGGUCGAUCUCAGUGAGAAAUUGGCCAAGGCUUCGGGGAGCGUAUCGCAGACACGGGCACCCAUUCCGCAGCUGCCGAAGGACGAGAAAGCUAACGCCGCGACCAAGAGGGAAGCUAAGAAGGAGGAAACCAAUCAAUUAGCGAAAGGCGUCAAAGACAUCACGAAGAUCACCGCAGAGGCUCAACACGGCCUCAUCUCGCAGAUCAUCAAGGAUGUUGUUUUCUCGCGGCGACCUGGUACCAAGGGAUCGGAGGGAACAGAGCAGAUUACGGAGGUGGUGGACUCGAGCUCGAGUAUGGUCGUUGGCUAGACGAGGUAGAGAUAGUCCGCGAUCUGGUGAGGACUUCGUGGUUUCUUGAAAUGCGAAAGUGUUGUCUGCUGUAAUUUGUUCAAUCACAUCAAUGCCAUGUAAAUUACC